AUGCAGACCCGUCAGAUGCGGGGCUCCAGGGCCCAGCAAUCAGGCCUGGGCGGGUGCGGGGUCUACCUGCUGGCAGCUCUGCUCUGGCUCAGCCUCCUGCCCCUAUAUGCCCUGGACUCCAUGCCCUCGCAGUCCACCAGGUCCUCUGAGUUAACCAUGUCCUUGAAAUCCACCAGAAUCCCAGAGCUGUCAGAGGCAUGUGGCAGGACCAAAUUCAGCAGGAGGCUCUUUGGUGAUCAGAUGGCAAGGUCUGAGCGGUGGCCAUGGUAGGCCAGUCUGCUCUUUUGUGGCAGGCACAUCUGUGGAGCAGUCCUCAUCGACAAAAACUGGCUAGCGAGCGCUGCCCACUGCUUCCAAAGGUCCCACAAACCAUCUAACUACCGGAUCCUGCUAGGGUACAACCAACUGGGCAGUCCCUCCAACUACAGCCGGCAGAUGACAGUGAGCACGCUCAUCUUUCAUGAGAACUAUAACAAGUUCUACAGUCAGGGGAGUGACAUUGUCCUGUUGCAACUGCACGUGCCUGUGACCUACAACUCCCACAUUCUCCCAGCCUGCUUCCCAGAUAACACCACGAAUGUGUCCCUAGAGAUGGCCUGCUGGAUAAGUGGCUGGGGGUUGCUCAAUGAGGAUAAAUUCCUGCCUGCACCCUUCCAUCUGCAGGAUGCAGAGGUCUUCCUAAUGGACAAUAAGAAGUGUGAACAAUUUUUCCAGGUUCCAGAUAACACCAGAGUUCAAUAUCAUGCUAUAAAGGAUGAUAUGAUGUGUGCUGGGGACCUCAUCAAUGGGAAAUCUAUCUGCCGAGAAGAUUCUGGGGGUCCCCUCACCUGCUUCCUGAAUGGUACCUGGUACAUGAUAGGGCUGGCCAUCUGGAGUGCAUCGUGUCUAGAACCAAUCUCCAGUCCCAACAUCUUCACAAGGGUCUCUUACUUUUCUGACUGGAUCCAGAAUAUAAAGAAAAUCACACCCCCCAAUGCUGACCCCUUCUCAACCCCUCCUGAGGAAGAUGCCCCAUCUCUGACUGGUUGGCAAAGUCGGGGCACUGUCAUCAAACCCACGAUCUGUAUAGCCCUGCUGUCUUUCCAGGUCCUUCUGUGGCAGUUGAUUUGGAUCAGGAAUCUGUGA